AUGGGAGACAGAAAAGUUGCACUUGUCGUAGGAGGAUCGAGAGGCAUCGGACGACAGAUCGCUAUUGACCUUGCCAAAAAUCAAUACGCAGUCGUCGUCGCCGCAAGAUCUACUAGCGAUGCGACAACAGUCAACCCUUUUCCGCCAGACCCUAACUCUCCAGAGUCUACAAUAUCAACCGUGACCCGGGAAAUAUCAGAAGCUGGCGGCCAUGCAACAGCCAUCGCUGUAGAUACUCGAGACUACUCGAGCAUCAAGUCUCUGGUAGCCAAGACCAUUGAUAUAUAUGGCCAGCUCGAUGUGCUAGUCUACAACUCCGGGGCUAUAUGGUGGGCGUCCGUGGAGGACACGCCCAUGAAGCGAUUUCAGUUAAUGCAACGCGUCAACAUCGAGGGCCUCUAUGGUACGGUCCAGGCCGCCUUGCCGCAUCUUAAACGGCAUCGGCGAGGCAGGAUCAUCGUGGUGAGCCCACCCAUAUACUCCCGGUUCUUCAGAGGCAAGACGGCAUAUGCCAUGGGCAAGGUGGGAAUGAGCGUUUUGACCAAGGGGUUGGCCAUGGACUUCCAGAGACAAGGCCUCACCGACAUGGCCAUCACGAGCAUCUGGCCCGCGGCGGCGAUCGAGAGCGGCGCGACACGGAAAAUGACGGAAAAGAACCCAGAAGAGGCGCGAGAUCUCCGGAAGGCGACGAUCUUCUCGGACGCCAUCUUGGCUAUGCUUAAGGCACCCGCCGAGAGAGUCAAUGGCCGGCUAGAGCUGGACGAGGACUUCCUCAGGACCGAUGCUGGAGUCGUGGACUUUGCAAAAUAUGCUGUCAUACCUGGCGCGACGCCCAGGCGAAUUAUGCCCGCAAAAUUGCCCGAUUUGACGGUGGCAGAGCAAGAUGACGAAGGGAAGCGCAUGAACAGCGCAAAAGAUAAAGCGAAGCUAUAG